AGCAUUGGUUCCUGUAUCCUCCAGAGAAAACACCAGCGUUCCACCCCAAUAGGACAACUUUGUCCUGGUUCCUGGAUACGUACCCUUCUUUGGCUCCCUGGGACAAGCCGGUGGAGUGCACCAUCCAUCCAGGAGAGAUUCUCUAUUUUCCGGACCGCUGGUGGCACGCGACCCUCAACCUGGACACCAGUGUUUUCAUCUCCACAUUCCUGGGUUAGCAGCUCCAAGGGACCCCCUCCUAUGUGAAGGAACUCUAGCCACCAUUCCUCGUGCAAAGAAGUUGGAUUCCUUGGCCAUUUCAAACCUCCGUGCUGGUCUAUCGAUUGAAAAUUCUCCCAAUCUCUCCCGUCAGAUGAACAGCACAAUCGUUCAUUUCGGCACAAGGCUUUGGGAGCCAGAGACUAUAACUCCCAUCACCUGGAAAUAUCUCUGUUGGCUUUCACCAGCAAGGGAGUUGAUGACAUUCAACAGCCAGAAGACCUCAUGAAGGUGGUGUCAUCAGCGAUGGUUGACCCUAGUUGACACCACCUCUAUGGCCAUUUAGACCAGCCAAGGUGAUGUGGUCCCAACUGACCAUACCUAGACCAUCUUUCUCAGGGACCUCUUCCCCAACCUUUUAAAGCCAGCAUCUCAGGACCAACUCCUCCUCCUCCUCCCCCAAUUUUUUAAAGAAAUGUUGCAGGGCACAAGAUUGAUGCUUUCUAAGGUGUGUUUUGCUCCCCAGCAUCCUUCGACCUGUCCUUGCAUUUGCCGCAGGGUGGAAAAAGGUGAGGUGGGGUCUUCCUUCCCUCAAUUACAGCUAGUCCUCGACUUUGAAGGACCACAACCGAACCCAAAAUUCACGUGAGGCAUUUGUGAAGUGAAGCUCGGCCCAUUUUUAAGACCUGGGAUGCCCACGGCUGCGAAGGGGAUCCCUUUAGUUAUGAAGUCACGCAGUUGUGAAGUGAAUUUGGGUUUUUCCCAUUGGCUUUCCCUGUCAGAAGGUCGUGUGACCCUCCCCCCCCCCCUGGGACUCUGCAACCGUCAUAAAUAUGAAUCAGUUGCCAAACGGCUGGAUUUUGACCACACAACCCCAGGGAUCCUGCAAUGAUCGUAAAUGUGAAAAAUGGCCAUAACCCACUUUUUCCAGUGUCGUUCUAACUUUGGUCACUAAACAAAUGGUUAAGUCAAGGACUAUCUGUAUGAUGUUUGAACUCUGUCUCUCCCACUGUCUGUCUCU